AUGAAAAAAAAAAUUACAAAUCAUAAGAAAAAAAAUGAGAAUACCAACUUAAAUAUUGAUCACGAUAAUACACUUGAUAAUAAUGAUAUUAUUCCUCAAAUAGACAACAUGUUUAAAAACCUUAUUGUAGACAGUUAUAAAAGUAUAAAUGAUAUAAACAAAUAUAUGAGAGAAUCCAACUUACAAUAUAAUGAAAAAAAAAAUAAAAAAAAUAAAACACACCCAUUAGAUAGUAAAAAUAGUACAACUAGGAAAUAUAGUAAAUAUAGAAGAAAUGAACAGAAUAUUAAUAAAGACAUAAAUUGUGAUGAUAUACAAAAUAAUGAUGAUAUAAAAAAAUAUGAUUAUAAAUUAAAAUAUGAUGAAGAUAUUACUUAUGACGACAAAGAAAAUAAUAGUGAUGUUGUCAUAAUAGGAUAUAAGAAUAUAAAAAAGGGAAAAAAAAAAAUAUCUCUUAAUAGUUUUGAUAGUGAAGUAAGCCCAGAAAGUAAUACAUCUCCUAUAUAUAUAAAAAAAAAAAUUAAUGAAAUUAAUUAUCAUUUCAUACAAAAAAAAAAAAAAAAAAAAAAAAAAAGUGACAUAAAUACAAAAUAUGCCAAAAAAUUAUCAAUUAAUAAAAAAAAUAAAAAAAGUGAAAAAAUUAAAAAUAAUAAAAAAAGUGAAAAAAAUAAAAGUAAUAAAAAUAAUAAAAGUAAUAAAAAUAAUAAAAGUAAUAAAAAUAAUAAAAAGAUUAAAUCAGAUCUUAUAAAUAAUGUUAAGAAAAUUAAAAAAAAUAAAAAAUCCUUGUUAACAGAAAAUCUAAAUGAUUCUUUUUUUAGUAAUGAUGAAAAAAUUAAUGCAAAUAAAUAUAUACUCGAUAAUUUAUUAUUUUCUUUGAAGAAUAAUACAGAUACAAAUAUACAUAAAAAAAAAAAUUUUUAUAUUGAAUAUGAAGGUCAUGAUGAUUUUACAAGUUUUAAUAGUAAAGAAAAUUCAAACGAUUACUUAUUAUAUAUGGAUGAUGAUGAAAUAAAUAAUAAUAAGGAUAAAAUGUAUAAUUCAACAUAUAGCACUACCAAAAAAAAAAAUUUAUAUAUGUCACAUAAAGGUAUAUAUGAUAACUACUGUUUGAAUAAUAAUAAUAAUAAUAAAAUCAAUAUAUAUAAUAAUCAUUCCAUGUUUAGUAAUUACAAAUAUACAAAACAUUGUGAAGAUAAAAUACCACUUCAAAUGCCACAUGAAAUAUAUGAACAAGCAAUAAAUAGUCGGAAUUAUUAUAAACAUAAUAAAAUUUUUGAAAAAGAAAGAAUAAAAAGGAAAAUGAAGAAAAUGAAUGAUCUAAACCUUUUAAAUGAUAAUGUAGAAUAUGAUUGUAUUGGUUUCGUUUGUGAUGAAGAAUAUAUGUGUGAAAAAUUACAUUUUGAUGAGAAUCAUGUAGAAAGUCCAGAUCGUAUUAAAUGCAUUAUUAAAGCUUUAAAAGAAAAGAAAUUAAUAAAUAAAAUGGUUCAAAUAAAAUGUAGAGAAGCUUUAUAUGAUGAACUUAGAGAAUGUCAUUCAAGUACACAUAUUAAUAAUAUUUUUUAUUCAUUAAAAAAAAAAUUAAAACAUAAUAAUCAAAGUGUUAUAUAUCCAUUUGAUAAACAUGAUACAUAUUAUACAUCAUAUACAGGAACUGUUUCUAUUAGAGCUAUCGGCGGUUUACUAAAUUUAUGUGAUGCUAUUUUAUGUGAUAAAAAAGAUAAAUUUAAAUAUAUAGAUUUUAAAAAGUCCUUACGUUAUAAUUAUGAUUUUUAUAAAAAUCUCAAUACUAAUUCGAUAAAAAGAAAUUAUCACUCCAAAAAAAUGUAUCAUGAAAAAUUUUUAAGACGUUCAAAAUCGGAGAGUAGUUUAUAUAGGACAAGUACAAACAACCAUGCUUUUAAUAAUUUAGAUUUAUUUCGUAAUAAUAACAAUGUAUAUAAAAUGAAUAAAUUCAAUGAAAAAAAUAAAAAAAUAAACAAUAAUAAUAGUAAUAGUAAUAUACAUUGUUCUAUAUAUAAUUAUAAGAAUGAGAUAAAGAUGCAAAGUGAUUUACCUAAUAUAAAUAGUGUUAUUAUUAAUGAUAAUAUUAUAUCUGAUGAAAAUAAUUUAAGGGUAGACCCGGAUGAUUGUAAUUAUCAUAAUGAGAAGGAUGAACAUACAAACGAAUCAUAUAAUGAAGAGAAUAAUAUUAAUCAAAAAAAAGAUUAUAUCAACCAUACUAAUAGUAGCAAUAAUUCUUAUUAUAAUGAAAACGAUCAAAGUGAUAGUAUCCAUAAUAAUAAUAUGAAUAAUGAAUCUGCUAUAGGUAAUAGAUUAAGUAUUAUAUGUGAUAAAUUGAGUAUGUCUAAUAAGUUAAGCAUAUCGAAUAAUAGUAAUCAUGAAGAUAUUAUUGUUCCUACUGCUUUGAAGAAAGAUGAAGAAAUUGUACAUUACGAUAAAAACAGAGAUGAAAUAUUAGAAUGUAAUAAUAAAAAUGUAUUCGAAUCAGAAUAUUUAUAUAAAAUAUGUGAGAAGGAUAAUUGUUCAAAUAAUAUUGAAGAGAAUAUUAAAAAUAAUACAUUCUUUAAUAAUAGUAAUAAUUCUGAUAUUUUUAAUUUACCAUAUAGAAGUUAUUCUUCAACCAUUUAUAAUAUGAAUGAUUGUAAUGAUGUUAAUACAUUUACUGAUAUUAAUUGUGGAUUUGCUGCAAUUAGACCUCCUGGUCAUCAUUGUAGUAGAAGCCAUCCUUCAGGUUUUUGCAUUUUUAACAAUAUAAGUGUAGCUUGUAAGUAUAUUUUUAAAAAAUAUGGGAUAAGAAAGGUUUUCAUUUUUGAUUGGGAUGUGCAUCAUGAUAAUGGGACUCAAGAAAUAUUUUAUGGCGACAAGGAUGUUCUUUGUUUUUCUAUACAUCGAUUUGAUAAAAAGGUAGAUGAAAAGAUUAAAAAAAAAAAAAAGCGUGCCAAUAAAAAGAAGAAUAAGAGUAAAAAUAAAAAUAUAAAUGGUGAUGAAAUUGAAAAGGAUGAUGAAAAAGAAAAAAAAAAAAAAAAAAAAAAAAAAAAAAAUGACCCCAAGGAAAAUGAUGAAAGUAAGAACAAUAAUGAUGAGAAGAAAAAUAAUGAUAAUAACAACAAUAAUGAUAAUGAUAAUAAUAAUAAUAAUAAUAGUAACAAUAGUAACAAUAUAUCACAGGGAGAGAAAAGAAUAAAGUUUGAUAAAUCACCUAAUAGUGAUAAAAAGUAUAAAAAAAAAAAUAAGAAAUCUAGAAAAAUAUAUGAAGAAAAUUUAUUUUAUCCUAGAACUGGUGCGAAAAAUGAAUUAGGAGAAAAGGAAGGAUAUAAAUUUAAUAUUAAUGUUCCAUUAGAAAAAGGAUAUAAUAAUUGUGAUGUGUAUUAUGUUUUUAAAUAUUUAUUAUUACCAAUAUUAGAAAAAUUCAGACCAGAAUUUAUUUUUAUUUCUUGUGGAUUCGAUGCAUCAAUUAAUGAUCCAUUAGGAGAAUGUAACUUAACACAUAAUUUAUAUCAAUGGAUGACUUUUCAAUUAAAACAUUUUGCAAAUAUAUUUUGUAAUGGCAGAAUAAUUUUAGUCUUAGAAGGUGGAUACAAUUUAAAUUAUCUGCCUAAAUGCACAAUAGCUUGUAUUAAAGCAUUAAUAAAAAAAAAUAAAAAUACAGCUAGAGACAAAGAAUUUAUAAAAAGGUUGCAACAAAAUAAUGAUAAUGAUAAUGAUAAAGAGAUGAAUGUUACGAAUGAUAAGAAGGAAUAUAUUUCUAAUGAAGAUUCAUCCAAAAUAUUGUUAAAUGGAAAUGAAGAAAAAAAAGAAAAUGAUGAAAAUAAUAAAAAUAAUAAAAACAAAUGUGAUAAUAUGAAUGAUGCUGACAUUAUCAAUAAUAAUAAUAUUAUGUAUGAUAAUGAUUAUUUGAAUAAUUACAAUUUAGAUAAUAAUACUGAUGAGACAUUAAAAAAAAAUAAAAAUUAUGCUGAAUCCUUUGUUGCAACAAAUUGUAUUCAAAAUAAUGAAUUUGUGAAUUACCCUAAAAAUAAUUUUACGAAUAAAAAUAAUAUGAGUGAUCAUGCAAAUUUUUAUAAAUUAAAAUGUUCAUCAUAUGAUAAAUAUAACAAUAAAGAUAUAAAUUAUUAUUUUAGAAAAUUAUAUACAAAUAAUAAUAAUGUAGUUUCUCGAACGAAAGAAUUAAUUACAAGUGGGUUGUUACAUUAUUCUACUUAUAAAGUUAUUAAAUAUUUUUUAAACGUAUUAAAAGGAGAACCAUACCAUUUAGAUAUAGAAUUACCAACAUAUAAUGAAUUUAUAAAAAAAAAAAAAUUGGAAGGUAGAGAAAUCAAUCCAGAAAGAAAAAUUAAAAUUAAAAUUAAUAAAUCAUCACAAGUUACUAAAAAUAAUCAUUAUUUUAAUAGUAAUGAAAUUAUGAAUUCAUAUAUGCAAAAUAAAUUAAACAAAUUAAAACACAUAAAUAAUAAUAUAUCUAAUAAAAAUAUACAUGAUAUAUUUAUUAAAAAAAAAAGUGUUAAAUAUACAGAUUCUUCAACUACUAUUUCUAAUAUAUCCCAAAGUGAUUUAUAUUUAUCAAAUGAUGAUAUUAAUUAUAGUAGUUCUUGUAGUAGUACUUGUAAUCGUCGAAAGGUAAUUUUAUUAAAUAAAUUAAAACUCAAAAUAAAUCGUGGGUUGAAUAAUAUAUAUAAUAAUAAUAAUAAUAAUAAUAAUAAUAAUUCAUCUAAUAAUAAUCUAUUGCACACAGAAAAAAAAAAAAAUAAAAAAAAUUAUAUAUAUAAAAAAAAAAAAAAAAAACUAAAUGAUAUUAUAAAUAUUAAUGGUGAAGUACAAAUGAAAAGGUCAAAAAUUAAUACAAAACAAAAAAAUAAAAAUAAUAAAAUAUAUCAAAAUGAUAAUUUGAAUUCUAAUAAAAAUAAAUCCAAAAGAAAAAUUAAAACUAAUCAAAAUAAACUAUUCAUUGCUAAUUUAUUAAACCAUAAAAAUAAAAACAAUAUUAAUAAUACAAAUAAACGACAUAAUCAUUUAACAUAUAUUAAUGAUGAUAAUCAUGUAGAGGGUCCUAAUUCUUCAAAUGAAAAUCAUAUAAAUAAUUAUUAUAUGAAUUGCGAUUUAACCAAUCUAAAAUAUAAUGAAAAUCAAGUAUUAAAUACCUUUAAUAUGUAUACCAAAAUAAAAAAAGGUUUUAUAUUUUUUUAUGGAAGUGGUCAUAGAAAUCAAUGGAUUUUACCUGUACAUAAUAAAAUUACAAAAAUAAUUAAAUUGUGUUCAGAAUCUGAAGCUUUCUUUUAUGCUUGGCUAUAUCUUAGUUGUUUAAAAGAAAUAAACAUUUCAAGAACAAAGAACAAUUAUACUUCCAUCUUAGAUAAUAAAGAAACUAUAGAAAAUGUUUCUAUUCAACUUCCUUUUGAUCAACGUGAACAUAAUCUAUGUAAGCAAUUUAUUAAAUUCACAGUUCCUUGUUAUCAUAUAUUUUUAAAGCUAAAUCAAAUUAAUAGUAUUAGUCAAAAAGAAAAUAAGGAAUUUAGUGAUGAUAAUAGUACGCCUAAGAUUAGUAAUAAUACUUUUAUGGAUUAUAUGAAAAAGACAUAUAUUGAAUGGUCUGCAUCCAAAAUUUUUAAAAAUAAAGAAUCGACAGAAUAUAAUGAUACAAAUAAUGCUGCUGCGAAUAAUAUGAUAUAUAACGUAUCAUCGAAUGAAAAAAGUAAUAUGUUAAAAAAUGAUGAUUCUUUAUAUCCAUUAGAUAUAAAUACAAAUAAUCAAGAUGUAACACAAGUUGAAGAAGAGGAAGAGCAUAAAACUGCUAUAUGUCUAAGUAAUGUUUUAAGUUCCAUGAGACAUCCUUGUGUUAUGGAUAUUAAAAUGGGAAUUAGAUUAUAUGGUGAUGAUUGUAAUGAAGAAUCUAUACAAAAGAAAAUUGAGAAAGCAAAAAAUCGAUCAUGUUUAUCACAUGGUUUUCAUUUAACUAGUUUAAUAGGAUGGUCCAAAAAAAAGAAAGAACCAUUUUUUAUAUCGAAAGAAGAUGCACAUUCUAUAAAAGAUGACGAAAAUUUCGUACAAGCAUUUAUAUCUUAUUUUACUGCAUGUGAUAAUAUACAUUUAUCUAUAUUAUUAAUAAAAAAAAUACUUAUCAUAUUAGAAGAAAUGAAAAUUUUUUUUGUGGAACAAAAUUAUUUUGCAUUCUAUGGAACAAGUCUUUUAUUUGUAUUUGAUUCAGAUCCUUCGAAAAAAGAAAAUGAAGAUAAUUAUUCAUCAAAAGAUAAAAUAGAAAAAAAAAAUCUACAAACAAACAAUGUAAUUAUGUCAAAUGAUAAUAUUAACUCAAAUGAUGAACAGAAUAAUUCUUUUUAUUAUAAAGAUAAAAAAAAUAAAUUAUGUGAUCAAGAUAAAAUUAAUUUUGAAGAAAUAUUAAACUUUAAAUUAAACAUUGAAAAAGUAUUUUAUGAAUCUUUAUCAAAUCAAGAAAGAAAUAUAAUCUUACAAAAUAAAUUAAAUCAAAAAAUUCUUAAAAGUGUUCAUGUAUAUAUAAUUGAUUUUGCUCAUGCAAGUUUAAAUAAAAAUCAGAGUGAUGAAGGAUUCAUAUUGGGAAUUACAUCACUACACCGAAUAAUGGAUAAAACAAUACAGCGAAUAAAAGAAUUGUAUAUAUCUGAUACGGAUGUAAUAAAUGAUACUAUAUAA